CACUGGAUCUCGACAUUGCGCUUGCAAGCCAUACCCACAUCCACAUAUAUAUUCCUCGUGACGGAUCAACAGCAUGCCAAACACACAGACUAUUCAUGUCGCGCACCUUGGAGGCAUUGAAGCUUCAUACCAAACUCCUAGUCUGGACCCUGCAAAGCCCACGCUCGUGCUGGUCAAUUCGUUCACCACUUCAUCCGAACUUUACAAGACUCAGUAUGCCGACAAAGAUUUGACUGGCAAGAUGAACCUUUUAGCCAUCGAGCUGCUUGGACAUGGACAAACUCGCUGCAAGCUCGAGAACUGGACAUACUGGGACACUGCUUACAUGAACGUUCAAGUCUUGCAAGAAUUGGGAAAGCAGGGCAAGAUUGACCAGAGCAAAGGUGUCUUCGUGCUCGGUACCAGCCAAGGUGGUUGGAUCACUGUUCGCAUGGCUCUAUUGGCGCCUGGCACGAUCACUGGCAUCAUCCCACUUGGCACAAGUCUAGACUUCGAGUCUCCCAAGACGCGCGAACUUAAAUGUUGGAACGCACCCGAAGACUUGACACCAACCAUCGAGAAGUGGAGCGAACCUGCCGGCGAGGACUUCCGCCCCGGCAACGACUUUUCCGAUUUUCUCAUCGACAUUGGUUUCGGUAAAGACUGCGACAAGUCUGUUCGCGAGUUCUGGCGUAAUGAAAUUGCCGACAAUUAUAUUGGCGAGGAAGGCAGGAAGAGAGCGAGGAUGGCUACCAUCAAUCUUCGUGACCGCGAUGGCUUACAUGGAAGGUUGGCUGAUGUGAAAUGUCCUGUUCUGUGGCUCCAUGGUACCGCUGAUGUUGUUUAUUCGGUCGCGAAUGCCGAAAGGGAGAUAAAGAUGUUCACCGGCAGUCCUGACGCGCAGCUCAAAGUCGUAGAGAACGGGCAACAUUUUUUGUCCUUCAGUCACCCCAAGGAAGUUGAUGGCGCAGUCGCUGACUUCGUCAGUAAGUACGCGAAAUGAU